AUGCACUACAUAGCCGACACACGUCGCCAGAGCGUUGAUCAGAAGCUGUGCCAGCCAGACGCUACCAAAUGCAAAGACAGCGGUCGAGAAUACCUUCCUAUCGAAGACUACGCUAUCAUUGGCAACUUGCGCACGGUUGCUCUCUGUGGCACCGACGGCUCGAUUGAUUUCUUCUGUUACCCCCAAUUCGACAGUCCGUCAGUGUUCUGUCGCCUUCUGGACAAGGACAAGGGUGGACAUUUUUCCAUCACGCCGACAAACUACCAGAGCAACCGGCAGCAGUACUUACCGAGCAGCAACAUCCUGGCCACCCGCUUCAUGUCCGACGACGGUGUGUCCCAGAUUACGGACUACAUGCACCUACCGACCGUCAAUCAGCGUGUGUCGACAAAGCCACUCUUACCCUGGAUCAUCCGGACCGUCGAGGUGAUCCGCGGAACGGUCGAGUUUGACCUGGAAUGCUUCCCGGCCUUCAACUACGCCCGGGACACACACACGACUGAGAUUGUCUACCCCGAAGAGAAAACAUCGUACUAUGCUGGCACAAAAAGGGUGGUCUUUAAGUCCAAAACCCUGACGAUGGACCUGCGCCACAUCGUCAAAUGCGGCGACCUGGAGUGCCCGGCUGUCAACAUCACGAUCGACAAGGCUGGGCUAGUCUGCUCAGGCCUAAAGGGUCCCGGAGCCCGGUCAAGGUUUACACUUCAGGAGUCGCAGCGGGCCACCUUCAUUUUCCGCCAACAUCAUCUUGCGAUCAAUCCGCCCCUGACAGCCAGUCUGAUGGAAGCUCUGUUUAGACAGACUGCGACAUACUGGCAAACCUGGGUUGAGAGCUCUAUCUACCGAGGAAGAUGGCGUGAACCAAUGCUUCGUAGUGCACUAACCUUAAAGCUCUUGACAUACGAACCUACGGGUGCAGUCGUUGCUGCAGCUACAUUUGGUAUCCCUGAAGCUAUUGGUGGUCCGCGCAACUGGGAUUAUCGUUACGUGUGGGUGCGCGAUGCUUCUUUUACGAUUUAUGCGUUUCUGAGACUUGGGUUUACAAAGGAGGCAGAGAGAUAUAUGCACUUUAUAGAAGAAAGGUGUAAUGAUCUAAAUGAUGAUGGAUCGUUAAAUAUAAUGUACAGCAUCGAUGGAUCAAAGAAAUUAGAUGAGUAUGAACUGGACCACCUUGAUGGCUAUCGGUCGUCUCGUCCUGUACGAAUCGGCAAUGGUGCAUACGAUCACCUCCAAAUGGAUAUUUAUGGCGAACUUUUGGAUUGCAUAUAUCUGUACAACAAGUAUGGAUCACCAGUGUCUUAUGACAUGUGGUGCUCUGUUAGAAAACUGGUGAACUACGUGUGUGACAAUUACUAUGAGCCAGACAUGUCUAUUUGGGAAGUGCGUGGCAAGAGACAGCACUUUACAUACUCUCUUGUUAUGUGCUGGGUGGCCAUUGACCGAGGACUAAGACUUGCCGAUAAACGCGUCUUCCCGUGCCAAGACAGAGAUCGAUGGAUGAAAAUACGGGACGAGAUUUACGAAUUGGUUCAGACAAAAUGCUACAACAAGGAACUCAAGAUGUUUAGCCAGAGUGUCGAGUUCCCCGAAGCAUUAGAUGCCAGCACACUAAUUAUGCCUCUUGUGUUCUUUAUGUCUCCUACUGAUCCACGCCUAUUGUCGACGAUUGAUAAGAUGUUACUCCCACCAGAAAAAGGUGGUUUGGUUGCAAAUGAUCUUGUUUUUAGAUACAAUUUCUUGACUACGGAUGACGGCGUGGGUGGACUAGAGGGAGCAUUUUCAAUGUGUACAUUCUGGCUUGUCGAGGCACUUACUCGGGCCGGCAAAUAUGACAAAAAGAAGCUCAAGCGGGCAGUGGCCAUGUUUGAGAAGAUGCUGUCUUAUUCCAACCAUGUCGGUCUGUUCUCGGAAGAGGUUGCUCGGUCAGGAGAGCUCCUGGGUAAUUUCCCUCAGGCAUUUACUCAUAUCUCGUUUGUCAGUGCUGCUUAUAAUCUUGAUCGCGUUCUUUCAGGCUCUUAG